UUGGAGUUGGCCGAUAGAUAUCAACGAAGUCCUCCAGCAGAAGAUCGUUGAUCGAACAAUACACUCAAAUACGUCAAAUCACCAUACUCAUAUCAUGUGUAAACAUAUUCUCAACGCGCAAGUUUCAAUUCGGUCGCCAUGCUGUCGAAAAUGGUUUGACUGUGCCGAAUGUCACCAGGAAACUGAAUCACAUCCUCUCAAGAAAACCACAGAAAUGACUUUCGCAUGCAAAAAAUGUAAAAAGGCAUUCAGGAAGGAUUUUGCCGAUGAGACAGAUGACGGAGACGAAUACUGCCCGCACUGCGAUAAUCAUUAUGUUAUUGAUGCGAUCGAGCCAAAACCAAUACUGAAAUUCGAAGGCGAGGAUGUCAGGAAGGAUAGUAGAAUGAUUAAGGAUGAUCGACUGCAAGGGAAGGAACGGAGAACGAUCUUUGAUGUGGAGGAGGCUCCAAACAAGUUGGGAUAA